UUACUGAGUUUAUUUACUGAUUCACAUAUGCCAUAUUUACUCUGUGAAAGAAGUGAGUCUUUCAGAGCAAAUGAGGUGACUGGUCAUCACUUAGGGCUAUUUUCAUCUUCAUCACCAAUGGGGAAAAGAUGACAAGUGAAAAAUGAUGGAGAAAUUCUACAACAGGAUUCCUAACAGUAAUGAUGAAAGUGGCAUUCUUAGAACCUUUUUUUAAAUUCGAACCCAUUUAUCAGCCUGCAGUAAAGCCAUUACUCUGACUGUUUGUUUACUGUUUGUUUCCGUGGAGACAGAAGCCCCUGACGACUUGGCUUGACCUAGACGGUCGUUGGGUAACAGAUUAUCACAGGCGGCACAACGUCCUUACACUGACAUUUAACUCUGACAUCCAACCCUGGGUCUGUAUAGAUAGAGGGGGCAGUUAAGCUGUGUCCACUAUGUUCAUGGUCACCCAUUCACAAAACAUUUGAUCACCACAAAAGUGAACUUCAUUGGCCAUCAAUUAGAAAGCUGUGAUAGCAUGGGUUGGGUACAUAGGCUACUGCAUCAAAAACGGGUUCCCUUCUGGAGUGUAGAUGCAUAGCCUAUCUUGGGUUUGGUGCUUCAGUUUUGACACAGACAUUAAUCAACGGUGUUCCUAGGACAGAUUGUUGAUCUUGUUUCAGAUUAUUUCUCAGUCUUCAAAGUACAUCAUGUGUGAAGCAUAUGAAACUGGAGCUCCAAGUUGGUGGGCAAGGUUGUGUAAGAGAGAGAUUCAUUUACAGAGUGGGCCUACCCUACAAUCAUUUUUUAGGAACAUGACACAAACAAAAGAGAAAAGAAAACUCUCCCUUAGAGGGUUGUAGCCAGUCUUAAUUGUACAGGUAUGUAAAUGCUACUUACCACAUGUUAUUUACAGCACAUAUUAAACUGCAACAUGUUGGACUUUAAUGCGCAACUGCUUUCGACUUAGGCCUACAUCCAAUCUCAGGGGAUAAUAAAAUCUAAAUUUGGGGAGCUAAACUCUUGACUACUUCUUCUCCUCUUACAGGCCUCGUCUAGUCAAUUCAGAACCAGUGGUUCUUAUUAGGACGACAUGGGCACCGAAAGCAGUACGGAAAGUGUCAUUCAACCUUUCUCACUCUCUCUCUCACCUCUCUUACAAAACACUACCGAGCAGUUUCAGGCCUACUGUUACGGAGGCAACAGGACCUGAGGUGAGGUUACAUUAUAAUUGGGGUGAGUGUACACGGAGCUGACUUUUUACACCCCAGUCUCUCUGGGACCCCAAAUGCUAGGUCACAUUUCUGCGAGAGGCCCCCUGUUCCAAGUUGUAAAAUGGAACCCUUUAGGUGCUGGGAAUAAGGGGGGGGGGUAUUGGCUGAGGUUUCCUGAAGACGUUAUCCACUGUGGGUGCUCAGGUGUCAGUCAAGCUAGCAGUUUCCACUGGCCCAGUCCAGGAGGGCCCCUGGUUGGAUAUGUGAAGCUGGUGCUUUACACUCUGCUUUCUGCUUUAGUUUAGAGCUCCUAGUAAUCUGCUUUAGUUUAGAGCUCCUAGUAAUCUGCUUUAGUUUAGAGCUCCUAGUAAUCUGCUUUAGGUUAGAGCUCCUAGUAAUCUGCUUUAGUUUAGAGCUCCUAGUAAUCUGCUUUAGGUUAGAGCUCCUAGUAAUCUGCUUUAGAUUAGAGCUCCUAGUAAUCUGCUUUAGUUUAGUGCUCCUAGUAAUCUGCUUUAGAUUAGAGCUCCUAGUAAUCUGCUUUAGGUUAGAGCUCCUAGUAAUCUGCUUUAGAACCCUUGUGGUUAUUUCAGAUUGGUAACAAAUAUUCUAAAUGCAACAGGAAAAAAGGUAUGAUGUUUUUGUGUAGGCAGGGGCUACAGUUUAUAUGGUUAACUAAAGGACACUUGGACAGUCCUUUAAAAAAAAAUGAUGGCUGUGAUUUGUUUCUCUGAAAUAUGAUACUAGAGAACUGGUCAACACUGCAAGUCCUGAGUUGAGGAAACUUUAAGAAGUGUAAUAGGUGUUUACUAGUUGAGUUAGAUUUAACAACAUGUCACAGGGAGAGCAGUGAGUGAGCAGGGGACAGUGCAGCAAGUGUCAUCACGUCAGUCAACCUGGGGAGGGCAUCUGGUAGUUUAAAAUGGUGUGAAUAUGAUCAGCAUCAGUGUAGACAGCCAACGGUAGCAAGUAGACUGCCUGGAUUACAUUUCAGUACCUUCUGCAACUAAAAAAAGUGUAUGCAUUUAAAUGGAGGAAACCAUCAAGAAGCAAACUUUUCCUGGGCAGUAAAAAACUACCGAGAAAGUGAUAGUUGGGGCCGUGGAGGUGAGUGAAGCCCUUACCCUUGAGAAGGGUAAAAGAUGACUGUUGUGUCCUGUGAGAUCCAGGACGAGACUGUGGUAGUUUCUCCCCUCUACCAAGAUGAUUGCGACGUGGAGCGGGGCGAUCAGGAGUGCAGCGAGAGGGUCGUCAUCAACAUCUCGGGACUGCGCUUCGAAACUCAACUGAGGACCCUCUCGCGCUUUCCCACCACGCUCUUGGGAGACCCACGUAAAAGGAUGCGCUUUUUCGAUCCGUUGAGAAAUGAGUACUUUUUUGACAGGAAUAGACCCAGCUUUGAUGCCAUCCUAUAUUAUUACCAGUCUGGGGGAAAGCUUAGGAGACCUGUCAACGUUACCAUGGACAUUUUCAUGGAAGAAAUGACAUUUUAUGAAAUCGAAGAGGAAGCAAUUGAUAUGUUUAAAGAAGAUGAAGGUAUGAUCAUAGAGGUGGAACGUGCGAUGCCUGACAACGAGUUUCAGCGCCAGUUGUGGCUGUUGUUUGAGUACCCGGAGAGCUCAGGGCCUGCCCGGAUGAUCGCUGUCGUAUCAGUCAGUGUGAUUGUAAUAUCCAUUUUGAUCUUCUGUCUAGAGACUUUACCACAGUUCAGGGAAGAUACCAGCGCAAACCUACCAUUAAGUAAUCACCAUACCACGAAUGGGACUACUCUCCAUAAAAAACCCAAUCUAUUCACAGAUCCGUUUUUUAUGGUGGAGACACUUUGCAUCGUGUGGUUUUCCUUUGAGUUUCUCGUGAGGUUUUUAUCUUGCCCGAGCAAACCGGCUUUUUUCAAAAACGCAAUGAACUCCAUCGAUAUCUUAGCGAUAGCACCUUAUUUCAUCACCCUUGGCCUUGAACUAGCAGAGCAACAGGAAGCAGGAAGCGAGCAGGCCAUGUCGUUAGCCAUACUCAGAGUCAUCCGUUUGGUUCGAGUGUUCAGGAUUUUUAAACUUUCCAGGCACUCCAAGGGUCUCCAAAUCCUGGGUCAGACACUCCACGCCAGCAUCAGCGAACUCGCGCUUUUGAUAUUCUUUCUUCUCAUAGGGGUUAUUCUGUUCUCCAGCGCAGUUUACUUUGCAGAGGCAGACGACCCUGAAUCGGGAUUCUCAAGUAUCCCCGCGGCGUUCUGGUGGGCGGUGGUGUCCAUGACUACGGUUGGAUAUGGAGACAUGUGCCCGGUUACUAUUGGUGGCAAAAUAGUGGGAUCUAUGUGUGCCAUCGCAGGAGUGUUGACCAUAGCCCUACCUGUCCCUGUUAUCGUGUCCAAUUUUAACUACUUUUAUCACAGAGAGCGUAAUGACGAGGAAACCGCUGUGUAUACCCACGUGACUUGUGGUCAACAGAACGCUUCAUUUGGAGAAUUCAAAUCGACCAGCGACAGCAGACAGUCCCUCACCAAAUCAGAGUACACGGAAGAGGAUUCUUGCGAGACUAUCAGAUUAACAAACUUCAACCCAUUUGAACAUUACACUGGCAAACUGACGGAUGUAUGAAAAACAAGCAUCGGCCUAGUUGAGCAGGGAAAAAACCGUCUCCAGUACAAGAUCAAAGACCCUUGCCUUUCUGCUACACUUGAAAGAAAAUGCAAGCAAUUCCAUAUAUAUCUGUAACUGGAAAAGUCAAGAUAGUGAUCAAACGUCACACACUUGUCCUAUGAACUACUGGCCAGUAAUGUGAGAUGACAGGUGCUGCGGCAGCAUCCAAUGGAGAGCCCCUUGAACAAACUACCAAUCUGAAUGUUCAAUGACCCUUUCAAUGUACUUUGCAAUGUAUUCAAUGAGCUGAAAUGACUACUGUGUAGAUAUCCUGUAAUGUAUGGUUGUAAAUAUGCCUUUUUUUUAUGCUAUCCUUAUGUUCUCAGCUCAGAAUCGAAAUGUGAACAUGCCUUACUCUGUGUGCCUUUGUGGAAAGUUUUGAAGGAACUACUUGUGUAGUCCUUUAUUUUAUAUAACUGUUUAUUGUACACAAAUUCAAAUGUAGCUGUAAAUGGUCCUUGGGAAGGAAUCACUGGUGUUAAAAUAACUUGCCCAUAGGAAUUAGAAUUAUGUCUGCAUGUAAAGAGAAAACAAUAGUUCUCUAAAAUGUGAAUGAAAGGUCUAUUUCUAUUUUUCUAAGAUUGCAAAAUUGUAUGUAAACUUUUGAACUAUAUUUUUUAAAUGAAUAAAUCCUCAUUAUUUUGUUUUAA